ACGGCGUCCCCCUCCAGGCAACAACGUGGAGGGGCGGGUCUGUCGAUUGGAUGGACGGAGAUGCGAUGAUGCCCAGCCACUAGGGACGAAGGGGUGGGGCAGUGGCGUCUUACGUAUGUCCGGUGGUGGGCGGGGCUAUGUUGCCAGAGUAACCGGAUGGUGGUGUUGGCGGUGUCAUCCUGUCGCACGGAUACCGAUUUCUUUGUGCUGCGUUCCUGAGAUAUGAAUCAUAGUGAAAGAUUCGUUUUCAUUGCAGAGUGGUAUGACCCAAAUGCUUCACUUCUCCGACGUUAUGAACUUUUAUUUUAUCCAGGGGAUGGAUCUGUUGAAAUGCAUGAUGUAAAGAAUCAUCGCACCUUUUUAAAGAGGACCAAAUAUGAUAGCCUGCGCUUGGAAGAUUUAUAUAUAGGCAACAAAGUGAAUGUUUUUUCUCGACAAUUGGUAUUAAUUGACUAUGGUGAUCAGUAUACAGCUCGCCAACUGGGCAGCAGGAAAGAAAAAACAUUAGCUCUAAUUAAACCAGAUGCAAUAUCAAAGGCUGGAGAAAUAAUUGAAAUAAUAAACAAAACUGGAUUUACUAUAACCAAACUCAAAAUGAUGAUGCUUUCAAGGAAAGAAGCAUUGGAUUUUCACGUAGAUCACCAGUCAAGGCCAUUUUUUAAUGAGCUGAUCCAGUUUAUUACUACUGGUCCUGUUAUUGCCAUGGAGAUUUUAAGAGAUGAUGCUAUAUGCGAAUGGAAAAGAUUACUUGGACCUGCAAACUCUGGGGUGGCACGCACAGAUGCUUCUGGAAGCAUUAGAGCCCUCUUUGGAACAGAUGGCAUUAGAAAUGCAGCUCAUGGCCCUGAUGCUUUUGCUUCUGCUGCCAGAGAAAUGGAGUUGUUUUUUCCUUCGAGUGGAGGUUGUGGGCCAGCAAACACUGCUAAAUUUACCAAUUGUACUUGCUGCAUUAUUAAACCCCAUGCUGUCAGUGAAGGGUUGUUGGGAAAGAUUUUGAUGGCUAUCCGAGAUGCAGGUUUUGAAAUCUCAGCUAUGCAGAUGUUCAAUAUGGAUCGGGUUAAUGUUGAAGAAUUCUAUGAAGUUUAUAAAGGAGUUGUGUCUGAAUAUAAUGAGAUGGUGACAGAAAUGUAUUCUGGACCUUGUGUAGCAAUGGAGAUUCAACAGAAAAAUUCUACAAAGACAUUCCGAGAAUUCUGUGGACCUGCUGAUCCU